AUGUCUUCCUCUGCGGGCCGCCGCCUGGUCGGCAAGACCGUUGUCAUCACCGGGGCAUCCUCCGGCAUCGGCCGGAGUACGGCCUUUGAGUUUGCGCGCACGGCCGCUUCUGCACCCAGCGGCAGCGGGAUCCUGCGGCUGAUUUUGACGGCGCGCCGCAUUGACACGCUGAAGCAAAUCGCCGAGGACCUCGUCAAGGAGGUCGGUGCCGACAAGGUCAAGGUGCUGCCGGUGCAGCUGGACGUGAGCAAGCCGGAGGAGGUCAGCGCGUUUGUGGGCAAGCUGCCAGAGGAGUGGCGCGACAUUCACAUUCUCGUGAACAAUGCCGGCCUCGUCAAGGGCGUCGCCCGUGCGCCGGAGAUUGCCGAGGCCGACGUCAACAUCAUGUUUGCGACCAACGUGACCGGCCUCAUCAACGUGACGCAGGCGAUCCUGCCGAUCUUCCUCAAGCGGGCCGACGGCGGCUCUGGCGACAUUAUCAACAUUGGCAGUAUUGCGGGCAUCGAGCCAUAUGCGGGCGGCGGGAUCUACUGCGCCACCAAGGCAGCCGUUCGCAGCUUUUCGGAAAGCCUGCGCAAGGAGCUCAUUCACACGCAGAUCCGGGUGAUCGAGGUCGAUCCCGGCCAGGUCGAGACGGAGUUCUCGGUGGUGCGCUUCUACGGCGACAAGUCCAAGGCCGAUGCCGUCUAUGCCGGCUACACCCCUCUGACGCCCGAAGACAUUGCGGAGAUCGUUGUGUUUACAGUCACACGGCCCCAGAACGUGGUCGUUGCCAACACACUGGUCUUCCCUCAGCACCAGGCCGGCGCCGGUACCCUGCACAAGAAGUCGGCAUAG